AUGUCUGCGGUAGUGGCCACACUGACCGUACUAGUCCUGGCGGCGGUGUGGCCCACCGUGGCCGGCCUCGACCCGAAGUUCGACCCUUCCACCCGCAUGCGGCUCGUCCUGGUGCCGACCGACGCCACCGUCGGCUCGGUCAUCUACCGGUUGCGGGCGACCGACGAAGAGUUCGAAUACCCGCUGCAGUUCGAGCUCGUCGGCGAUGCGUCUUCGUCGAAGGUCCAGAUCGAGACGCUGCCGUGCACGAAGUUCAACUCGAUCUGCCAGGCGAACGUGAUCCUGACGCGCCGGCUGGAGGCAGGCCGCUACUACGACUUCCAGGUGUCCGUGAAGGACACCAAGGGCGGCAUGUCGGUGCAGAGCUGCUCGAUUACGGCGACCAACUUCACAACGCCACACGACACCAUCUUCCCGCACAAGGCCGGCAUCAUUAUGGUGCCGGAGGAUGCCAAAAAGGGUACCGAGCUGGACUACGUGCUGGCGAACAAGAAUCCUCUGCUUCCAAAGCCGGUUUACCUCGAGCUGUGGGGGUCGCCACUGUUCGGUAUCCGGCAGAAAAUCAUCUCCCCGGACAUGACCGAGGGCACCAUCUUCCUGCUCGGUCCGCUCGACUUCGAGAAGCAGGCGAUGUAUCACCUCACGGUCCUGGCAAACGAUGCGUACGCGGAACCGGGGCAGGAUACGCGGAAUAUUGCCGGGCUCGAGGUGGUCAUCAUCGUCGAGGACGUGCAGGACGUGCCGCCCGUGUUCACGGUGGCCCCGCCCGUCACGCGGCUCCCGGCUGGCCUGAUACCGGGCGACAAGGUCCUGCAGGUGCACGCCGAAGACGGCGAUAAGGGUGUACCGCGGGAAAUACGCUACGGGCUGGUGUCCGAGGGAAACCCCUUCACGUCGUUCUUCGACAUCAACGAAACCUCUGGUGAGAUUACGCUGCUCCGGCCGCUGGACGACAUACUGGCCCUGACGCACGCCGGCGACCCCGUCCUGCUGACCGUGAUCGCCGAGGAGGUAAAGGUGACGCGCCAGGAGCCCCCGACCAUGGCGACCACCGUGCAGCUGGCGUUCUUCCUGCCGGAGCGCAGCAACUCGCCGCCGUACUUCGAGAACGACCACUACGUGUCUCGGCUGGAGGAGAAUGCGGCCCCGGGGACGGUGCUGACGUUCGCCGAUCCGUACACGCCGCGCGUCAUGGACGAUGACGCCGGCAAGAACGGGGUGUUUUCGUUGACACUGCUCGACAACAACGGCACGUUCGAGAUCGCACCGAACGUGGCCGAAGGGCACGCCAACUUCGUGAUCCGCGUGCGGGACAGCGGGCGGCUGGACUAUGAGGUGGCGACCUACGUUCACUUCCGCAUCCUGGCGCAGGAGCUCGGGCCGGCCACGAACCUGUCGACGGUGGUGAACGUGACGGUGUACCUGGCGGACGCGAACGACAACGCGCCGGUGUUCGAGCAGGCGGACUACAUCGUGGACCUGCCGGAGAACAUGACGGCCGGGACGCGGGUCGUCCAGGUGCACGCCACGGACGUGGACACGGCCGGGCUGGGCGGGACGGUGCGGUACACGCGCCUGCUCGGUCCCCACAACACCUCGCUCACGCUCGACCCGGCCUCGGGCGUGGUGACCGUCGCCACCAACCAGCACGGCUUCGACCGCGAGGCGAUGCCGGAGUACCACCUGUACGUGGAGGCCCGGGACGACGAUGGCAUCGGGAACCGGGCGGAGGUCCCGCUCACGAUCCGGCUCAUCGACGUGAACGACGAGUCGCCCGCGUUCGAGCGCUCCCUGUACGAGUUCCUGCUGUCGGCCGACCUGGCCAACUUCACGGUGCCCGCGUUUAUCCGCGCGACGGACGCGGACGCCGAGGCGCCCAACAACGAGGUGCGCUACGAGCUGAUCUACGGCAACUACGAGAGCAAGUUCUUCCUGCACCCGAUCACGGGGGAGCUGCGGUUGACGGGGCCGCUCCGGGCACGGGACGCGCAGCGGACUCGCCGCCGCCGCCGCCGUCAGCUGGCCAGCCAACCCACUCAGCCGAAGGAGGCACCGGACGUGGUCGUCCUGACGGCCCGUGCCUUCGACCUGGGCGUCCCCGUGCGCUACUCCGCCACCACCAUCCACGUCUACCCGCCCGAGAGCCGGACGCGGACGGUCACGUUCAUCGUGCCGGGCCGUGACCCGGACCGGCGCCGGAUCCUUGACACGCUCCAGGACAUCACCGGCGGGCGGGUCAUCAUCCAGGAGGUGCGCCCGUACACACCGAGCGACGCCGCCGACGGCAUCGCGACCGACAUGUUCCACUCCGACGCGGGGCAUGGCCCGCAGGGGGGCGACCGGCCCGGCUUCCGCUCGGUCGUGAUCGCCACGAUCCUGUACGAUGCCGAGUCGGUCGUCGACAUUGGCCGGAUCCAGCAGCGCCUGUCGGCGAACGGGACCGUACCCGGCACCAUCGUCAGCCAGGAUGAGCGCACCGCGAUCCUGUACAAGGCGGAGAACCGGGUCCUGUUCUGGCUGCUCAUCUUCCUCGCGGUCCUGCUCGCCCUCGGCAUCCUCACGCUGCUCCUGUGCUGCAUCUGUCCGGGCUGUCCGAUGAACGUCACCAACCGAAAAAGAAUCCUUCGGGUGAAUAAUAUCGAAGACGAUGUGCAUCUUGUUCAUAGCAAGCAAGGCAUAGGAAAAAAGUCGAAAUCUGUUCAGGUCGCCGAGUGGAUGGGACGACGGGAUGCGUGGUCGCCGGGGAACCGAUCGACCGAUUCCCGGACCAAACCGACGCACUGGGAGUACCGAGGACGGCGGGACAUUGCAAUGACGCAGGUGCUGAUCGGGGGCGAGGGCAUCGAACCACGGGACCAGUACUUCAUCAAGGAGGGCAACGCCGAGAUCCUGCGCCUAACGACACGCGGUGGCCGCAACGAUGGCGGUGGGGGCGGCGGAGGCGAAGAGAACAUCUACGUGAACGUGGCCCAGGGUCGGGGAGGCCCAGCCGCACCAGCCGCCAACGCCCAGUCCCAGUCCCAGCAGUACAUCAUGGUGGACAACGGUGGCAAGGAGAUCCUGAUGCGGCGCUACAUCGAGGAGCAGGCGAACGGGAAGCAGAUUAUCCGGGAGCACUACCAGCUGCUGCCGGGCACCACCUUCAUCCAGACCAUCCCGAACGAGGUACCGUCCGACCCGUCCCGGCCCGCUGACCACGUCACGGAGGUGCGAAUCACCGGCGCCAAAGCGGGCCGUCCCCGGGACGACAGCGAUGAGGAUGCGGGUGGUGGUGGUGGCGGCGACGGUGAGCUGAAGCCGGCGGUCUCGACGCACUCGCUGAUCCACCAGGAGCUGGAGCACUCGCUGAAGCAACAGAACGCCCUGCUCCGCCAGAUCCUGCUCGAGAAGGAGAAGCUCCAGGAGCGGUACAGCCAGUGGGAGCAGGCGCUGGAGACGCAGAGCCUGCCGUGCCAGUCGGUGGUGGUGGCGGCCACCCAGACCCAGACCGACUGCAACACCGGCACCCAGACGGAGCCGUUCACCCGGGACGCCGGUGGGGGGCGGCGGCGGGUGUGGCGUCGGCGGCGGACCAAGAGCGAGAACGACGACUCGCUGUCGGAGGACGAGUACGAGUACGUCUGGUACAGCCCCCCGGACAGCCCGGACGGGGUGUACCUGAUCAAGCGCCGUCACCACCACCGGAAGCGCUCGCGCUGGGAUGCCGACGGCGACGGCGGCGCUAGUGGGGACGGCCCCCGCAAGGGGAACCGGCGUGUGGUGGUGGUGGAAUCGGUGAAGCGCAAAAUCCGGACACCGAUUCGCGAGGAGGACGACGGCGACGGGGACUACGAGGACGAGCUCGGGUACUCUAGCCGGGGCCGCCAUCACGCGGGGCGACAGCAGCAGGAGGGCCGGGAAACCCGCACCAGCAUCCUGCGGCGGAAACGGAACGAAGAAACGCUCCACGGGAAGGUGACGCCCAAGGAGCAAUCGACGGUGGCGGGCGGUGGUGGUGGUGGAGCCGCCGGCCGGCUGAAGCGGGACGUCCUGCUGGAGAUAUCGGACUCACUGCACGACGCCGCCACUGGCGGUGGGCCGACGGCGACAGGAGCGGAUGGAAGCCGGCGGAAGAAGGUGUACCGGAAGAACGUCAAGUACUACGAGGACUCGGACGGCUCGGAGCGGGAGGUGGAGGUGGUGCAGAAGAACUACUUCUCGGCCGACAGCUUCGACGAGGGGGGCUCGAACUCGAACGAGCUCGACAACUACCGCUACACCGCCACCAAGACCUCCCGCUCCGUGUCCACGUCCCUGUCGCCGAAGGUGGGCGGAACCACCGCCGAAACCACCACCACCACCACCCGCAUCCGGCUGAACGCUCCGGCUGACUCGCCGCCGAAGGACACCAAGCCGACGACGACGGCCGCGAUGAGCAAAGCGGCGUCGAAGGAAGGCCUCAACCAUCAGGACCCAGAAUCCUCGGGGAAUCCGGUGAAUCCGAAGUACAUGGACUGGUACUACAACCUCCCGGCCGGGGCGGGGAAGGAUGGGGAGGGGUCGCUGGAGAAGCGCACCCAGCGCAGGACGACGGGAGCCGAGGGUGCCACGGUCACCACGACGACCAGCUCAACGACAACCAUCACGACGCUGGGUGGCGGUGGCGGUAGGAAGAAGCCGGCACCAGCUGAGGGUGGGCCGGUGAAGGGGGCUAAACCGGAACCGGCACCCCGCUCAUCACCCCCGAAGGACGAGGCGCGGCUACUGAAGGAGGACAUCCAGCACGCCCGGCAGCUCGCCCAGGCUCAGGCUCCUGCCGAGGCCGAUAGUCACCCACUGCUGCAGCACUCGGAGCACUGGUACGAGGCCACCUACGACCCCCCGCCGGUCCCCAGCCUCCCGCCGGACAAGCUGCCCCACUACCUGUACACGGAGCCGCCACCCAUCAUCAGCCGCGACAACAAGGUCCAGAUCAAGAUCGUCGACCCGUCGUCCGCCUGUAAACCGGUGACGGCGACACUAGCGCCACCAGCGGUGACACUAGCGCCACCGCCACCGCCAGCCAGCAAACCACCGGCGACGGCGGCGACGGUGGCGUCCGUCCCCACCACCACCAGCACCUCGAAGGCACUGAACGUGUCGACGCUGGAGGAUGACCACGAUUCCGGGAUCGCGAUGAACUCGCUGCUCCACACCGGUCACCGGGCGGUGGCCCCGCGCGCCCCCCGCAACAAGAUCGCGGACAAGAAGAGCAUCUUCACCAUCGCCUACGAUGACGUGCGGAUCCGGCAGAUCCGCUCCGAGAGCGACACACCACCGUUCUCCUAA